UUAUCAAUUAUUAAUUUGUAAUUAACCAUUAAAUCAAGUAAAUACUUAGGAAAACAAUAAAAAUAUUUGGAAUUUUGUUAUGACUUUUUAAAAAAUUACAAAACAGCCCAAAAAGUUUCCGGCGAAAAAUUCUCAGCCAGCACCCCCACUGGCGAAUCGAUGAGCCUCGCCGCCGCCGCCGCCGCCGUGAAAUCACUCAAGCACUCCUCCGUCAUCUCCUGGAAAACCACGGGCAAGCUACAGCAAACUGUAGCGAAUUGCAUAGAGAGAACCGGACCGGGACUCCACUCAGGCGUCAUAUCCACCGUGAAGAUUCUACCGGCCGCCGCUCGCGUCGGCCGGUGCUUCAUUUUCCGGUCGAAUGUUAUUCCGGCGUCAAUUGAUCAUGCCGUGAAAGAAUCUCCCCUCUGCACUACGCUUUCGAGCGGUGGGUACAGCGUUCAAACGGUGGAGCACUUGCUCUCCGCUCUGGAGGCCUUUGGUGUGGAUAACUGUCGAAUCGAGAUUCAGAGCUCCGGCGAUUGUGAUACUUCUGUUGAGGUUCCUAUCUUUGAUGGGUCGGCAAGAGAAUGGGCGGAGGCAAUCGGUCAAGCCGGAUUAAAGGUGGCUGUAGAUUCUGUUGGUCAAAGUUGUGAAAAAUUAGCACCGCAUCUUGAUGAACCAGUUCAUGUGCUGAAAAAUGAUUCAUUUGUAGCAGCAUUCCCUUAUUCGUGUGUCAAUAUCACGUAUGGCAUUGACUACCCACAGGCACCUACAAUUGGUCGUCAAUGGUUCUCUUCAACCUUAUUGGAUGAAUCUUUUUACUCAGAGGCAAUUGCUUCGUCGAGAACCUUUUGCAUCUAUGAAGAGGUGGAACAUUUGCGGAGCUUGGGACUUAUUAAAGGAGGUUCGACAGAAACAGCCAUAGUGUGUAGCAUGAGUAAGGGAUGGUUGAAUCCACCUCUGCGUUAUGACGACGAGCCUUGUAGACACAAGGUCUUGGAUCUUAUUGGUGAUUUUUCCCUUUUGGCGCAAGAGGGUAAUCAAGGGCUUCUCGUUGCUCACAUUGUUGCUUAUAAGGGUGGGCACUCGUUGCAUACGGAGUUUGUUCGCCGGUUAUCAGGAACUAGUGAGAAGAAAGAAAACAGCUUUCUUGGUUAGGAGCAGCAGAAAGCAUCGGUUAACACUUAACAGCAGAACUUCUUUUGUAUGCCGUUGUAGGUAAUUGAAAUAGUUCACUGUAAGUUCUAUAUCUUGUGAAUUUGUUUGACUAUUAAAUUUGUAAGGUAUAGAAGUAAAUUUGUUGGAAAACGAACAUUUCGUCUUCCGUUAUUAUAAAACUAAUUAAACAACAAA